AAAAAAAAAAAAAGGGGGCGGGGAGGAGCCGUGAAGACAGUUACGAAGAAAUGAAAUAGCAUUCAUUGCCAACCAAACGUCUCGAGUGUGGACUUUAAAGUUGUUCCUGUUGAUUGGAGGACCACAAACUAACCAAACAGGAAGAAGGAACAGGAAGUACAGGAAGCGGGAGCCGGAAGUGCACAGAAGCCACAACCAAUCAACAUGUCCGGUUACACCCAGCAGGGGCCUUACCUGACCCAUCACGGGGGCCAAUCAGUGGCCCCUUAUCCCGCGUUUCAGGGCGGCUACGGGGACCCCGGUAAAGCCCCAGCUCUCGGCUUCAACGUGGACUACAACCAAGGUCCGCCUCCUGUCAUGUUUCAACCGGGACUGAUGGGGGAGGCCCACCCUUACGGCGGGUUGCCCGGGGCGGCGGCCCCCGCUGCGGCCCCGUCUGCAGUGGUUCCCAUCGGGGUCCCGCCAGGACUUGAAUACCUCACUCAGAUUGACCAGAUUCUGAUUCACCAGAAAGUGGAGCUUCUCGAAGCGUUCAUCGGCUUCGAGACCAACAACCAGUACGAGAUCAAGAACAGUCUGGGCCAGAAGAUCUACAAGGCCAAGGAGAAGAACGACUGCUGCACCAGGAACUGCUGCGGCUCGCUGCGCAGCUUCGACAUGAAGAUUAAGGACAACGCCGACCGCGAGGUCAUCCGCCUCAUCAGGCCCUUCCGCUGUGUGUCCUGCUGGUGUCCGUGCUGCCUGCAGGAGAUGGAGGUCCAGGCGCCACCAGGCACGACGGUGGGCUUCGUCAAACAGGACUGGCACCCUUUCGUGCCCCGCUUCUCCAUCCAGGGGCCCAACAAAGAGACCCUGAUGAAGCUGGAGGGGCCCUGCUUCGCCUGCAACUGCUGCGGCGACGUCAACUUUGAGCUGAGCGGCAAAGACGGCGGCGAGCCCAUCGGCCGCAUCAGCAAGCAGUGGAGCGGCCUCUUGAAGGAAGUCUUCACCGACACAGACAACUUCGGCAUCCAGUUCCCUCUGGACAUGGACGUGAAAAUGAAAGCCGUCCUCCUGGGCGCCUGCUUCCUCAUCGAUUUCAUGUUCUUCGAGAAGGUGGGCGAGGCCAACCAGCGCAGCACGGUCUUCUCUUAAGACAGGAAAUGAAUAGUCAAGCAGAGGAUUUCUUUUGGAUUUUCUGUCCGUCGACCAUUUACCACUCCAGUAGGAAGUUUUUCUUUUCAUGUUGGUUCAAAUAUUACUGCAUUAUUUAUUAUUUAGUCCACAUGUCAAACAAGCAGGGUUUCCCAAAUGCAACAUGUGCCAGACAUUAAUAAAGGCUACACAUGAAACACAUUCAUUUGGGAUAUUAUUAGAGUAAGAAAGUCUUCCCCCCCCCCAUUUUGGGAAGCCCUGCACUACACGACAGACUCCAUAUGCUGAAUUUUAUUCCAACAGGUGACAUUCUUAUCGAAUGUCAUAUAGUAUUGGCUGUAUGGAGUGAGUCUGUCCAAAUGUGUACAUAAUUGUAAAAAGUGUGCUUACCAUUGGAUUUGUUUCCACUUAACUAGUGCCAGUCAUCCAACAAACCCAAUUCCGCAUUUCUGCCUUCCACUCAAGUGCCUGAUUGUUUUACCACAUGACCUAAAGCAUGUUUAUGCUACCUCUCCUCCAACCCAGUCCCUUUUCUACGUCCCGUUUCGACACACAUUUUUAAUCCAUAUGAAUAUAUGAGAUGCAAUUUAAACACUGUGUACUACAAGACUGUCAUAUAUAUAUAUAUAUAUAUAUAUGUAUUAAAGCUUUUGCUGCUACAGUG